AUGGGGACAAAAGCCAUGUUCUUAAGGUUUCUUGUUCUCUUGAGUUUAUGCCUCUUCGGCCAACUGAUGGCAGAAGCUGCCGGAGAAGUUGGGUCGAUGAAAAACUCAGGAUCGAGAAAGAGCAUCGAGACCAAGAAGGGUAACCGGCAGGUAACCGGUUUUCCGGGAGAGAUCGCCACCGGAGGAUGCUACAAGGCCGGAGCCGGAGCCGGAGCCGGGACGGGAUACGGCUUAGGGGGCGGUUUUGUUCCCGGAGAUGGGUACAGAGGCGGUAUUGGCGAAGGCGGUUUUGGCCCGAGGGACGGGUACGUCGCCGGCGGUGGGUUAGGCUGGAACGGCGGAGGAAGCUCGCCGGGAUAUGGAAUCGGCGGAGGAGGAGGAGGGGGCGGCGGCGGAGGUGGGUGUGUUGGGUCUUGCGGUGGUGGAGGGUACGGACACGGCGGAGCAAGCCCGACGAAGGAUUCCGGCAAGAACUAG